AUGUUAGGUGAAUCUUUUCAAAUAGUACACUUUCUAUGUAUUGCUUUGCCUAUUAUAGAAGAAUCCACAACUACCGGUGCCACAGUAGCUUCAACAAUAAUUACUACAGGUACAACUGGUACGACAGUCAUUACAACAACAGCCCCAUGUCCUACUGGAUAUGUUCGAACACUAUCGGGCUCAUGUGUCAAUCUUUUGAUCGAUUUCAAUAAUUGUGGUUCAAUUGGUUACGUAUGUGCUUCAACAUAUACAAGUUGUUCGAAUGGCGCUUGUAGUGGUGCUCCUGCUGUACAACUUACAGGUGCUGUUGCUGUUUCUGGUUGGGGUGGUUCAACUUCCAUUGAUGAUGCAUAUUUAACCCUCAGUCUACCUUUCAGCAUAUCAUUGUAUGGAUAUUCUACGCCGAGUGCAUCGGUUCAAAGUAAUGGCUGUGUCUGUCUUGGAGGUUGUUCUUCUGCAUACUCAAAUACAGCUUUACCAAGUAGUAGUUUCAGCGGACCAACAGCUUUUGGUCUUUGGGAUGAUCUUUAUAUAUAUGCAGGAACAUCUCAAACCGUCUACUAUGCUGCAACAGGCACAUAUCCUAAUCGAAGUUUAGUCUUCGAGUUUUACACAGCUCAUUUUAGCUCGUCAACCCGAUAUUUUCACUUUCAAAUUGUAUUCUACGAAGCUUCACCCUAUAUUGUUAGCUAUUUGUAUUAUCAAGCGUCUGAUGGAGGUGCUUCAGCUACAAUUGGUGUUCAGAGUUCUGGAAAUGGGCCAAGUAUAACAUAUUCUGUCAAUUUGGCAACUGUUCCAUAUGGUACAUCAACAACAAAUACUCCAACAUUAAUACUGACAUUUGAUACAAAUAAUGGUACAUAUUCAAGUUCUGGAUAA